AUGAUCGAAUCCCAGAAUAACGUGGCCCUCGUCUUUGGUGCCAGUGGCAUCUCCGGGUGGGCAGUGACCAAGAACCUCCUCUCGUAUCCCUCUGCGACGACCUUCUCCAGGGUCAUUGCAUUGACCCAUCGCCCACGAACCGUCGAGGACAGCGGCCUGCCCCUGGACCCUCGCCUCGAGCUGUACUCUGGCGUUGACCUGCGUGCAAACCUGGAAGAUGUCCGGCAGCAGCUGAAGAGCAAGAUUCCCAGCCUGGAUCAAGUAACCCACGUGUAUUAUCUUGCGUACACCAACGCCACAGCGUACUCGGAGAAUGUCAUGGACAUCAAGAACCUCAACGUGGGCAUGACCUUUAACGCCGUCCAUGCGGUUGACCAGCUCUGUACCAGCCUGAAAUUCUUUCUCCUGCAAACGGGAACAAAUAACUAUGGCGUCGCCGUCUUCCGGUACAUGGACAAGAUCGAGAUCAACCCUCCUCUGAGAGAAGACCAGCCUAGGAUCCCCUCUCCAUGGGGCGAUGAAAUCUUCUACUAUGACCAGGUCGACCUGAUCAAGACGGCUGCAAAGGGGAAACAAUGGCGGUGGUGUGAAGUGCGCCCGGACCAGAUUGUCGGACACGUCCCCGCUGUUACGAGCAUGACCUAUGUUGAGCCCAUUGCUCUCUACCUCGCCCUAUACCGGUACAUCAAUGGACCGGGGGCGCAGGUGAAGUUCCCCGGCACGAAGAAGAACUUUGUCUAUACUUUCACCGAGUCUUCGCAGGACAUCAUCACUCGGGCUGAAAUAUUUCUGUCAGUUGAGAAGCCCGAGGAAGCCAACGGGGAGGGCUUCAACAUUGCCGAUACCGACACACCCGGGCCAUGGUCCGUCAGAUGGCCGAUUCUGGCCCAAUACUUUGGGCUAGAGGGUACAGGCCCUGAGGAGGACAGAUGGGGAGAGCUUGACAAGUGGUGGGCGGACCACCAGAACGAGUAUCAGAAGAUGUGCGAGGAAUAUGGCCUCAGACAUCGGACGGUGGACCAGGCUUCUUGGGUUUUCGUCAAGGCCGGAUUCACGCUGCUGGACAGGAAUCGAGAGAUGAGCCUCGACAAGAUCCGUGGAUUGGGCUUCACGGAGGAACUGUCCAUCGGCCAGGGCCACUAUCUCGCAUUUGACCGGCUGGCAGCAGAGAGCAUCAUUCCGGCCAGAACCAGUUUGACCAAGGGGCAGUAG